CCUGGGGGGCCAUGUCCCUGCUCCCGUGGCUCCGGGCGAACGAGGCGCCGCCACGGCCGUCCCCACGGAGCCCGGCGGAGAUGGUGCUGGAGACGCUCAUGGUGGAGCUGGCGGGGCAGAUGCGCGAGGCUGAGCGGCAGCAGCGGGAGCGGAGCCACGCGGUGAGGAAGGUCUGCACCCGCGUGGACUACAGCUGGCUGGCCAGCGCGCCGCGGCCCACCUACGACCUCAGCCCCGGCGAGAGGCUGCAGCUGGAGGACGUCUGCGCCAAGAUCCACCCGGCCUACUGUGGGCCCGCCAUCCUCAGGUUCCGACAGCUGGUGGCGGAGCAGGAGCCGGAGGUGCAGGAGGUCUCCCGGCUCUUCCGCUCGGUGCUGCAGGAGGUCCUGGAGAGGAUGGAGGAAGAGGAGGAGGCGCAGCGGCUGACGCGACAGUGGAGCCUGCGGGCCCCCCGAGGCAGCCUGGCCACCUUCAGGAGCCGCGCGCGCAUCGCCCCCUUCGCCAGCGACAUCCACACCAUCUCCGAGGACGUGGAGCGGGACACGCCGCCGCCGCGGGCCUGGAGCAUGCCCGAGUUCCGGGCACGGAAGGAGGACUGAUCCUGCCUCCCCUGCUCGGGGCGGGGCCCCCUCUGGGAGGGUAUGAUACGGCUGGACCAUCCCCAGUCCUGGAACCUCCCCACUCCGCGCCGACCCCAUCAGGGCCAAAGUGACCCCCCCAUCCCAAGAUAUGCCUGUAAGAAGAGCAAGAGCGACCCCUCCCUGCCCGGCCUCUCCCACUGACCGCCAGGCCUAGAGUCAGGGCUUGGAGCUGCACGCAGAGACCCUUGCUCCCCUGCACAAGUCGGCUGGAGCAGCCCAUUCCCGGCCCGGCAGAGA